UUUUUGUUCUUUUUUCAAGUUUCUUUACAUUUAAAUUUUAAAUACUGUAAUAAAUGAAGUAAUGUCAACCAAAGAAAUUAAAUCAGCCUUGAAAGCUGCAAAAACUUCAAUCCAAGCCAAAGAUUUUCAAACUGCUCUUCAACAUUGUGAGUUGGUGCUAAAGAAGGAUGCACACAACUAUAAUGCACUGGUGUUUGCCGGCUUAUGUUAUUCUGGAACAAAUCAAAAUGAGAAAGCGAGAGAGAAAUAUAAAGUUGCAAUUGAAAGCCAACCAGACCAAAUCUUAGCUUACCAUGGUUUUGCAAACUUGUACAUGAAGCAUUGGAAAAAGAAGAAAACAAAGGAAGAAUUGGAUGAAUUGAUUUCAAUUAAUGAGAAGUUACUGAAACUCACGGACAAAAAAGAUACAAAUAAAAGAAGAGAGCUUCUUCUCAACUUAUGUAAUGUUAACAUAGAAGCUGAACUCUUCAUUAAGACAUUACAAAUCAUUUCUGAUGAACUGGAUGUCAAUGAUAGUGAGGAAGAUUGCACAACAUCACCAUUUCAUGAAAUUGUUUGCAAAGCUUUAGAAAAAUUUUCAGGAACGGAUUGGACAGACUUUGGCAAGUUUUCUGGUUUGAUUGAGAAAUCGUUCAACUAUUUACUCCAAUCACCUUCCAAUGAAACAAAAGAAAUAAUGUCAUAUCUUAAAACUUAUGUCAAAUUCCUACAAAACAACUCAAAUAUUUUGGAAGAAAAAUUGACAAAUUUACUCGAUGUUUGUGUGGGACUGCAUAAUAAAUAUCCAGAUGAAAUACUACUGAUGGAAAUUAUAGUGCAAGCACAUCUUCGAAAUUAUGACCAUUCUGGUCUCCCUGACCUACACAAUUUGGUCGCAAAACUGAAAGACUCUUCCAGUAAUUUCGCUGAGCUUGGAGUUGCUUUUGUUGAAUAUAAAGAUGGAAAUUUUGAGAAAGCUGUGACGAGUCUCAGUGAUGCUAUGAAUGCAAAUCCUACUUAUAUGCCUGGUUGGAUAAUAUUGUGCGAAACUUUGGUGAAACUGCGUAAAUUCACUGAUUUGAGACAAUUUGCCAGGACCGCAUUGCUUCAAUACAAACAAAUAUCUUCACAUGGUAAACCGACUUGGUUAUUACCUAUAAUACCUUUGGAUGUUAUUCAAUAUGAGUUAAGUAAAAAUCUGGCGACUGGGUUGUGUGGAUCACAUAUUGAAAAUGAGAUCAUGAAAAGUAUCGGAACUUUUGAGAAGCUGGUUCUCAGGAAGCCCAAUGACUUGUCACUACAUAUUAGGAUGACAGAAGGCUUUAUUAAGUUGAAUGAAUAUGAUAAAGCAUCGGAUUCUAUUAAAAAAGCUUUUGAUAUCGACUCAAAUUAUUUUGAGGUAAAAGCAUGGACGGAAUAUAUUCGUUUCAAGACUGAAGACGAGCCAUCAGCUGCAAUCAGCAGAUUGCGAAAUAUUGCUCCACCGUCAGGUUUAUCAAGAUUUCUUCUUGGGAAAGCUAUGUGGGAAGCAGGUGGUGAAUACAGAACUGAAAAGAAGAAUUGCUUCACUGCUUUAGUUGAGGCUGCCAAAGACGACCCAUAUCGGAGUGAAAUAUUUUUUUUGCUCGGCCAUUUUUAUUCCAAAGUUCAACACAAUCUCUCUAGAGCAAGAGGUUGUUAUCAAAAAGCUUAUUCAUUGGAUCAGAGUCAUGAGGAAACUGCGGUCUGUCUCGCUGAUGCAUACAUAGCCGAAGGGGACACAACUUCAGCAAUCAAGUUGUAUGAAAACAUCACAAAAGGAUUCGGCUCAACUGGGGGAAAGUGGGCGUGGUUGAGGCUUGGUUUAUGCAAAUUAAAAGCAAAGGAUAUUUCAAAUGCUAUCAAAUGCUUUCUAUCAGCUCUGAGAAUUGAUGCAGAUGAUGCUAUUUGUUGGGAGUGCCUGGGAGAAGGCUAUCUACAACGCGGUAGCUAUUCUGCAUCAUGGAAAGCAUUCGAUCGAGCUCACCAACUCAAUCCAAAGUCUGUUUACAGUCUUUAUCAAAUGGCAAAAGUAAAACAAGUGCAAGGUCUAUACGCUGAUGCUAUUGUGGAAUAUAAUGAAGUUUUAAACUUAAUGGAAGACUAUGUACCUGCUCUACAAGGUUUGGCGGAGAGUGAACUGUCACUUGGACGACAUAUGUUUCAUGAAGGUCGAUAUCAAACUGGGAUUGAACAUUUUGAAAAAGCAAUAAUGAAUCUGACAGUUGCUUGCUCUUUAAGGAAAGAUCUUUGUUGUCUUUGGAAGUUGCUUGGAGAUUGCUGUGUUAUGGUACAAUCACUAGAUGUCAGUGUUUUGCAAUUAAACGUACCCACGAUCUUCUUGAACCCGAAUGAUAAAGAUAUUGAGAAUACGAUGAAAGCUGGGAAAAAUGAGAUUCUCUCCCUCAGCACUAAGUUUUAUUGUCGAGCGAUUCAGAUCCAACCAGACAACGGAUCAUUAUGGCACGAUCUUGGUCUCAGUUAUUUCAGAAGAGCUGAGGAAAGUAGAAAGAAUGCUAGAGACAACAUAGGAGAAAUGGCUGAUAAUGCUGUGAAUGCAAUGAAGAAAGCAAUCACUUUGGAAUCAUCAAAUCAUUUAUUUUGGAACAGUCUCGGUGUUAUCGCUGCUUCUGGUUUUAUAAAAGAUCCAGCUCUUGCACAACACUGUUUUCUCACUUCAAUAAAACAUGAACAAAAUAAUGUUGAAGCAUGGAGUAAUCUGGCAACCCUGUAUUUGUCUCACGAUCAUAUCAAACAAGCUCACGAAGCUUUCAAAGUUGCUCAGAGUUUGGAACCCUCGUUUGUGAAUAGUUGGGUCGGUCAGGCUCUCAUUGCGGAGACAAUAGGAAGUAAUGAAACCAUGGAUCUGUUCAGGCAUUCUACAGAACUUGGAUCGCAAAAGCAGGGUGGAAUUGGUUACAGUUCUUGGGUUGCUAGAGUUAUUGCUGACACAUCAAAUCCUGAGUCAUCACUUUUUAAGGAAAAUAUCCGAAACAUGAACGCUGUUACCACAGCAACAACUCAGAUGUCAAAAUUGUGUGACAAAAAUUCAAACUGUCCUUGGUCUUCGACCAUUCAUGGCUUUCUACUGGAACAUUCCGGUUUAAACCGGUCUGCUGAAUCAGCCUACAGGCAAUCAUAUAAUGCGUUGGAAAACAUGGUUUCUAAGGAUGAGAAGGACGAAAAAAAUUUGACAAUGAAGAAAUUCAAUUCUGUUGCGAAUCUAGCAAGAAUAUCAAGCAAAAAUGGAUCACAUAAUGAAGCAAUAUCACUUUAUGAAGAAAUUUUAUCGUCACCAUUUAUAAAUUUUUACGACGUCUGCGAACUUGCACUUGCUUAUUAUAAAUCGGGAAAAUUUGAUAAAGCUCUUGCUUCUUAUGAAAAGGCCGGACAACUAGUAUCUUCAGAUGAUGACAAAGCACAAGUCAUGGUUGCUAUGGCGAUGACAUAUUGGAAGAUGGGAAAGCAUGAUGAGGCAAAAACUCUGCUUUAUCAAUGUUUUCAGAAAUGUAAAGCUGGAUUGAGAGCGUUACUUUCACUUGGAAUUGCGACUGGAGACAAAACUCUUGUCGGGGCAGCUGUCGGUGAAUUGAUUAAUAAAAAAUCAGCGAAUUCUGACGAUGUUGGUGACGAUUGUUUAUUGAUCGCUUCUGCAGCCGAGUUAUGCGAGGACGACAAACUUGCUCUGAGUCAAGUACAGAAAGCUUUGCAUUUACAUCCAUUUAGUUGGUCAUUACGGAUUCUACUCUGUCGUUUGUUGGUUCAUUUACCUGGUUGCACUGCUGACCGUUCUGCUCCAGUAAUCUCUACUCAAGCAAAAUUCCUAUUUGAUCAACAGUGUGUAACAAAUCCACUGAACCGUGACAGCCAGCAAUGGAAAGGAUCCUUAAGACAUAAAAAUGGUGUUACCAUAUUGAAAUGUACUGCCAUGUCAACAGUCUCUGCUGGAAGUCACAAAACCAGUUCUGGCAUUCAUCAAGAAAUGAAAGAGAAAUUACGCAAAGCCCAAAAAUUUGCACAUAUGCAUCCUUAUGAUCCUUCAGCAUGGAGUUUAUUAUGUUGUGCUUCUCAUGGAAAUGAUGUAGUGGAAUGGUUGCAAGACAAACCAGCAAACAAUAACGGACUUGUUGAAUCUUUAUCACAACAAGCACUUGACACAUCUUCUUCAACUGCCAAGAGGGAAAUAGAAUCUUGGUGUGGAAGUAUCACUGCAUGGAAUAAAACUUUAACUGGUGCUGAUGUAGACUGCAAAGUAAUGGUCACUGACAGCACGAAAUUCAUAAAUUUAUUGAGUAAUGCAUCAUGUACAAUUGAUAAGUCCAAGUUACAAUCAAUAUUCAAAGAAAUAACGAAUAUUAUUGGGAAAACCACUGAUCCAGGGAAAUCUUCGAAGUAUUUUGGUGAACUUUUGGAACACUUAGGAAUGUUCCAAGUUUCGAAAAAAAUGUUCGAAAAAUCAAUCACAUUGAACAACUCAAACCCUAUGGAACAAUUAUCUACUUUUUUCCGGAUUAUUCAACUUGCGUAUAAAGCAUUAUUCAAAGAUGAGACGAAAGCCAAAGAAUGGUUGGAAGUUAUGAAAAAUGUUGUUUGUGAAAUCAUUAAAAUUGAUGUGAAAUCUCCGCAAAGUUUGUUCAUUCAGGGACUCGUGCUGAGGAUGGAUAAAAAUCACAGGAAAUCCAGGUCGCUGUUCAACAGAGUUCUCAAUUCAACUGAAAUAAUUUCUGAUGAUACAAGAAGUCUUGCAACCUGGUAUCAAUACAGGAAUUUACAUGAAAGGAAUGAUACUACUGAAAUACAGAAACUGGUUGAGAAAGCACUGGAGGGAAAUGAUCAACAUAUAGCUAGAAUAGUUGGAAUUCUUCCUGUCAAUUAAAAGUGCAAUAUAUUUUAAAAAUAGAAAUUAUUUGUGUUUCGUUUCGAACUGUGACAGUUUUUUCAGGGCCCUCAACGCACUAGAGUGCCAUGGGGUCUACUGGCAUGGGCCACAAGUGUUUUUUUCUCUCAUAUGAAAAAUUACGGAUUGUGAAUGUUCGAGAAUCGCUGGUUCAAACAAAGGUCUGAUUUUCAAAUUUUGAUGGAAAUCAUUUCCUUCACUUCAUUGUUUUGUCCUAGCAUCAAUGUUGCUUUAAUGCAUGCCAUAACGGUACUCCCGAAGUAUUUUGUGGCAUCUGAAGCUGCCGCAAAAUCAUGGCA